AUGCCUCUUGUCAACACCACCGAAGUCAACGAGGACACUCGCGUCCUCGGCUACGACCCUCUUCUGCAGCCUCAGUUCCUCCAAACCGAAAUCCCCGCCCCCGACCGCGCCAUCAAAGCCGUCCGUCAAGGCCGCAAUGAAGCCGUCGAAAUCAUCGAGCAGCGCGACGACCGCCUCCUCGUCGUCGUCGGUCCCUGCUCCAUCCACGACCCAGACACAGCCCUCGAAUACGCCCGCCGCCUGAAGGAACUCUCCAACAAACUCUCCAAGGACCUCUGCAUCAUCAUGCGCGCCUACCUCGAGAAGCCCCGCACAACCGUCGGCUGGAAGGGUCUCAUCAACGACCCGGACAUUGACGAGUCCUACAACAUCAACAAGGGUCUCCGCGUCUCGCGCAAACUCUACUACAUGGCCGAUCUAAUCAGUCUCGGCGCCAUCGGCGCCCGCACAACCGAGUCCCAACUCCACCGCGAACUCGCAUCCGGUCUCUCCUUCCCAAUCGGCUACAAGAACGGCACGGAUGGAAAUCUCACCGUCGCUAUUGAUGCCAUCGGUGCUGCGGCGCACCCGCACCGCUUCCUCGGUGUCACUAAGCAGGGUCUGGCUGCUAUUACCAAGACCGCAGGUAAUGAGCAUGGAUUCGUCAUCCUGCGCGGCGGUAACAGGGGCACGAACUAUGAUCGCGAUAAUAUUCGUAUUGCUCGUGAGGCGCUUCGUGCGAAGAAGCAGCGUGAGGUGCUGAUGGUUGAUUGCUCGCAUGGUAAUUCGAAGAAGAAUCAUCUUAACCAGCCGGUCGUUGCGAAGGAGGUCUCUGAUCAGCUUCGUGAGGGUGAGACUGGUAUCAUUGGUGUCAUGAUCGAGUCGAAUAUCUAUGAGGGUAAUCAGAAGGUUCCCCCCGAGGGACCUUCGCAUUUGCUCAAGGGUGUUUCUAUCACUGAUGCUUGUAUUAACUGGGAGAUGACUGUGGAUACGCUGAAUGAUUUGGCUGAUGGUGUUCGUGCUCGUCGGGAGAUUCUCAAGUCUAAAUCGAAUGGCACUCACUAA